AAAUGUAUUCGGGAGAUUAUGAAGACAUUCUGUUAUAUUUAUAAGACAGACAAGUUUUGUAUAGGCCAAAUGCAACAGAAACUGCAUCGGACUAUUUUAGCUCGGUAAAGUGUGACUGAAUUUGGUGAGGUGUGAAGUUGGUCAGCAGUUGUUGUUCUCCGUCUCCUCCCCCUCGGUCUCAGUCAUAUGACAGCUGACUCUUGACUCCACUUCCUCAAACUUUAAAGUCCGACUCCGGGAUUCCAGGCACCGCGUGCGCUCGUUCUCGCUCUCCCCGGAGCACGAACCUGAACGGGGCCUUCAUUUGAACGGCAGCGCCGGUGUGAGAGCGUGCGAGAGGAGCAAGGCCCGGAGCUGCACCGCGGAGGCUCCCGUAGCGGUUCGAGGUUCCCCCCGACAGGCAUGAGCGGAGGCAGGGGCGGCGGAGCUGCGGUACACCGGCGGCGGAGAGGAGGAGGCGCCGCAGCCGCAGCCCUGACGCUGCUGACGGCGUGGCUCACCUGCUGCGUCAGGUGCGCGGAGGGGGUCAAACCGAGCAACAUCGUCCUCGUUCUGGUGGACGACCAGGACGUUGUGCUGGGGGGGAUGACGCCUAUGAAGAAAACGAAAGAACUAAUAGGAGAAGCAGGAGCAACUUUUGUGAACGCUUUCACGGUCACGCCGCUGUGCUGCCCCAGCAGGAGCAGCAUCCUGUCAGGUCGGUACCCCCACAACCACGAGGUGCGGAACAACUCCCUGUCCGGGAACUGCUCCAGCGCUCAGUGGCAGAAAGGACCUGAAGCCGAGGCGUUCCCCGUCUACCUCAGCAAGCAGAAAUACCAGACGUUCUUCGGGGGGAAAUACCUGAACCAGUACGGCACCAAAGCCGCUGGAGACGUCGACCACAUUCCCCCUGGCUGGGACCAGUGGAACGCCUUGGUGGGGAACUCCCAAUACUACAACUACACUCUGUCUGUGAACGGCAAAGCGGAGAAGCACGGGGACAGCUACGAGAAGGACUACCUGACCGACCUCAUCCUGAACCGUUCACUCAGUUUCCUGGAUGACAGAAGCCCCCAGCAUCCCUUUUUCAUCAUGCUGGCGCCGCCGGCGCCUCACUCCCCAUGGACGGCGGCACCGCAGUACCAGAAGGAGUUCAACAACGUGCAAGCCCCCCGAGAUGGCAGCUUUGACAAACUGGGGAAGGACAAACACUGGCUGUUGCGUCAGCCUGUCAACCCCAUGCCUAACAGCUCCCUCACAUUCUUGGACAAUGCCUACAGGAGGAGGUGGCAGACGCUGCUGUCUGUGGAUGACAUGGUGGAGAAGCUGGUGAAGAAACUGGACAGUAUAAACGAGCUGAACAACACCUACAUCUUCUACACCUCAGAUAACGGCUACCACACAGGUCAGUUUUCUCUGCCCAUCGAUAAGAGGCAGCUGUAUGAGUUUGACAUCAGGACACCACUGUUGGUCCGUGGCCCUGGCAUCAAACCAAACCAGAUGAUAAAGGCUCCGGUGCUGAACAUCGACCUCGCCUCCACCUUCCUUGACAUUUCUGGCGUCAACCUGUCCACCAUCAACGUGGACGGACAGUCUUUCCUCGCUCAGAUGGCCCCGUCGCUGCGGAACAGCACGGCGCGACCGUUCUUCCUCGUUGAAUACACCGGAGAAGGAAAUCCAACCAAGGACCCGACUUGCCCCAAACUUGGCCCCGGAGUGUCUCAAUGUUUCCCAGACUGCGUGUGUGAGGACGCCUUCAACAACACCUACGCCUGUGUGCGGACGCUCGACGGCAAGCAGGACCUGCAGUACUGCGAGUUUGCAGACAGCGAGUCUUUUGUAGAAAUGUACAACAUGACUUCAGACCCACACCAGCUGGAGAACAUCGUGAAGAAGGUGGAUCCGUCAAUCCUCCAAGACAUGAACCAGCGGCUCAUAAAGCUGCAGUCCUGCAUGGGGGACAGCUGCCGUAACAUCAAGUAGUGAGGACGACGACGAGCGUCCUGCCACGGUCAGAGGGAAACGCCAAGCGCUCUGAUGUGUCCAGACAGGUAGACAGACAUUUUGAUUGGCUUACAGAGGAAAUAAAAGAGAAGUCCCGGCUGAAGUCCAUUCAUAAUUGCGUCAGUUUCAGGCUCCUGCUGUUGUUCACUUUUCAUAUUUCUGGAUGCCACCGUUCAGAGGAGAAAACUCGUUUUCUUUUAGGUUUGUACUCAGAGCUGAUGGGAAUGGUUCACUCUAAUAGUUCUUAAAAAUCUUUGAGUUUUUGAGUAGUGAAACUCCUGUCGUCUGUAUACCAUCUCGGAAAGCUGGGGGUCAUCCAAUAUGGCCGCCAUGCACAUGAAACACAAACAAGUUGCAGUAUUGAUUGGUUUAUUUAUCUGAUGGUGUUGAGAUGAACCAGUGACAAAUAUUGUCCUGUGACCUUAACUCUAAAGUGUCUGAAUGCAUAAAAUGCUAAUAAA